UCGGNUCCUCUCAAUUUCAUCUGUGGCGAUUUUGGUCCAUUCUUUCCUCAAAUACCCGUUAAAGUGCCGCUGUGGCUCGCCGUGGCUUUGAAGAAGAGAGGAAAAUGCACAAUUCGGCCUCCGCAGUGGAUAUCAGUUGAAAAUUUAACACAGCUUUUGGAGGGAGAACGAGAAGAUCAAGGGACAUUUCAGGCUGUACCAUUCCAUUAUAUUGAGAUCUCCAGACUUCUUUUUGACCAUGCACGUGAAGACAUUCCUGACAUAUAUAUGGUGAGGUCUCUAAUUGAAGACAUCAGGGAUGUACGGCUGCAUAAAGUUGAAACUAAUUUGGAGAAAUUUAGUGCUACAUCGGCAGUGAAGAUUGCACAUCUGUCUGCAAUGGAAGUGAAUGUUGUUCGUCCAUUUGUUGUGAGAUCCCUACAGGCAUUCUACAAGCAUGAUAAUCCAGUAGUGACGGCAGAUUUAGACAGUAUGUCUAACAGGCAACCACAAGUAAGACAGCCACAAGUACCUAAUAAUGCAAGAAGGCAACCUCUGAAGCGACGGUAAAUGGUUCCUUAUCUUUUCUAAUCUCCUUCUACCUUGAUUG